CAAUCUCGCUCAGUGUCUACAAGCCAAGAACCAGAGUACCAUCGAGGGGGUCUAACUGGCUGUCAUCCGAGCUCCCACGGUAGUCAUGGCGGCGCCGUUAGCACACUUCGAUGAGGACUGGCAGGAAUUUAACGAAUUCAAGCCGUCCUCGGCGUCGGCCGACCAGCUGAACUCAAAUGUGGAGUCGACGUCGGGCCUAGACGAUUUCUCAGACCUGGACAACAGUUUCUCAGGGGAGAUCUGCAGCUUCAAGUCGAUGGAGGACCUCGUUCAUGACUUCGACGAGAAGCUGACAGUGUGUUUCCGAAACUACAACACCACGACGGAAAACAUCGCCCCCAUUAAACCCAUCACAGAGGAAACUUACUUGAAAGACGACGAGGUGUGGAAUGCUCUGACAGAUAAUUAUGGCAACGUGAUGGCUGUGGACUGGAAGACAUCGCACACUCGCUCCCUACACCUGCCCACCCUCAACCUCACUGAGCUCGAGAAGUUGGAUAACCAGUCUCUGGAUCUGUCGGACGACGAGGAGCUGAGGGAGCAGAUGGAUAUGCACUCGAUCAUCGUGUCCUGCAUCAACGAUGAGCCGCUCUUCACAGCUGAGCAGGUGAUAGAGGAGAUAGAGGAGAUGAUGCAGGAGUCUCCCGACCCAGAGGAUGACCAGAGUCCCUCACAGUCCGACCUGUCCAUGCUGUCUCAGGACCUCCAUGCCCUGAAACGCUCCGGCUCGAACACUAGCUACGAGGAUCGGCUGCGUCAGCUGUCUGUAUCUGAGCUGACCGAGAGUCUGGAGGAAGUGGAGACAGCCAUUCGCCGUUACAGCGAGGAGCUGAUCCAAGCUCUGGCCCUGCGAGACGAACUGGACUAUGAAAAGGAGGUGAAGAACAGCUUCAUCUCGCUGUUGAUCGAGGUGCAGAACAGACAGAAGGAGCACCGAGAGCUGCUGCGGAAGAAGAAGAAAAUCAGAAGUACAACUACAACCGGGCCCAAUGGCCAGAGGACAGCCAGCACACACAUACCGGGCACGCUCCUCACUCUGGAGGGACUCUCCAAUGUCAUUCAAAAUGGCCUCCGUCAAACCUUUGGCAACACAGAAGGGGACAAACAGUACCUGACCACGGUAAUCCCUUAUGAGAAGAAAGCGGGCUCCCCGCCUGUAGAAGACCUCCAGAUCCUCACAAAGAUCCUCCACGCCAUGAGGGAUGACAGCGAGAAGGUCCCUGCCCUGCUAACAGACUACAUUCUCAAAGUUCUUUGUCCCACGUAAAGCCAAAGGCGAGCCUCCUGUUUCCAGAACCAUCCAUUGGACUAUCAGAAGAGGGUUCUGGUAAUCCGGAAAAACCCGGAUAUCUCCAAAUCUUCCUUCCUCUCUAUUUUUCAACACAUAGACUUCUCUCCUCGUGGCAUUUUUUUUUGUUUACUCCACUAACUCUAGCUAUAACUCCUCAGUCUGUAUAGUUCUUCUCAUUUGUAAUGUUUUAAUUUUUUAAUGCCCGAAUGCUAAAACCCUGUAUAUCCUGACUGCAUGAUAACUCGUCUAUGGAUGCCUGUAAUCAGUAUUAGUCCAAACACCUACCUUCCUGAUUAGUGGCUCUUGAAUGCAGAAGGGUGAGGUGUAUUUUGAUUCCACAGGCUUCAUUGGCAGGUCCAUGAGAGGGAGAUGCAGUCCCAUCUGUCUGUUUUUGUAAAUCAAACGCAUUUGCAUCCUUGUAGUUCAUGCCUGACAGAAUAAACAAAUCCUGGCGGAAUCUCUGAAUCUGAUAGUGCCAGGCUGGUUGUGGUAUUGAGCAUAAAUCCUGUUUUUCCUGUAGGGAAACCUUUGCUUUGAUGGCAUGUGUUGAUUAGUUGCAUAUAAUAAUGCAUUUGGGGUUGAAAACCCUUUAAUUUUAAAAUCCAAAGUCAUAGGCCCACCGCUCUUUGCAUGUUGCUUUUGGAUUUAUGCUCAAUAUUUGCCAUUAGUUGAAUGUUAAAAUGAAAUAUUUUGUAUACGAACAGAAAUUGCAAGAUUUUGGGAACUUUUUACUUUUUGAAAAAGGGAAGGGGGGAAAAAAAGUGUAAUGACAUGAGAAAGUAAUAGCUGGAUGAACAAAAGAAUAUAUUUGGAGGUUUUUUUUGUGAGAUUAGGGAAUUGCCAGUUUUGUGACCACACUGCAACAUCGUUUUGUAAAUGCUGUCCAUUGACCUCUGAACCUUCGAAUAGUGACCGCCAUCCCCAGCAACUUUAUCACUUCCCCGGGAGUCAUCAUUGCCCGAGUCUGCAAAUACCUUGCAUAACUUCUUUGCACCAGUAGAAAAUGACUGAACUGGUCUUAUCGUUAGAUAAAUAGUGUCGUUAAGAUUAUGUUAGAUUUGAUAAUUGUGUGGUUAAGCUUCUGUUAUAAGAUGUGGGUUUUCUCUAUCCGUUCAUCCUUCAACUGUCGCGUAAUUUUUGUGGUAGCAUUUUAGUCUGUCGGUGAUCUGGUCAUGUAGUAGUGGAAUAUGUGGUGGUGGAUGUACUUAAGAGUCCGUCUUCACUAGAUUAGCGUAGUGGAGCUUAAGCUAGUGGUGCCAAAAGCACGCCAACAUGUAGGAUUGUUGUCAUGCUGUAAAAUACACUUUGUGAUCUAAGCCCUGCAGCAGCUUUGUCAAAGUUGAGAGAAUCACCCUGAUGAUGUCAUGGUCAUCUCGGUUUGGGCUUGAGACUAUACAUUUAAGACAGAGAAAGCCUGUUCAGACUCGAGGCAUGGCCCGGGCCCCGGUGGUUUUAGAGCUUACCCCGCACCAGAGGGCCCAAGUCAGAAUAUGUCAGAGUCUGCCUGCAAUGCAAUGCUAAAUCACUGGAGCAUCCCUUUAAAACCACACACCCCCAAUCUAACACUACACGUUGUCGCCAAGUUGGUACACUUAACUUUCAGAUCACCAGCGACCACAGGUGCACCACAUUCUGUCGGAUCAGGUCUAGUCUAGCUCUCAGGUACGCUCAUCAGUGUUAGUAGUUUAAAAUCUUGUCCUGAAAGGUACUGACAUUCCUGAGUCUUUGUAUGUUUCUGGUAACAUUUUUAUCAGCUAGACUUCAACUUGCUGCACUUUUAUCUUUUUACAAAUUUCUCUUAAACCCGGACGAGCCGGUGGAGGUAAAAAUGGUAGCCUCUUGACUAAAUCAGGGUAGCAUUACAGAUGUUGAUAAUGUCGUGACUUUUUUGAAAACACAAUUUGAUGUUUAAAGUCUGAGACGCCACUAAUGGUAGUAGGAGUAGCUAGCAAUGAAAUGGUAUGGGCGAAACCCUCUGUAGAGGCUGCAGUAGCAUCCGCUCGGUGUAGCAGUCUAGUGACGAUAAUGUAGAUGCAGUUGAGAAAAAGGAAAUAACUUUUACUGGUUACAUUGUUUAAGCAUGUCUCUUAUGCGUAUGGCUAGAAGAAAACGAGCAUUGGAGGAAUAAAAGGGGUGUGAUAAAGUUGGGGAAAAUUGCACAAAAGGUUGCUUAAAUUUGAGGGGUCUAUUUAUCCUUUCAAAAGCUUUUAGUGCUAUAUUUAACUAUUUAUAUGUAACUGUUAUUUUUACUGUUCCCAGCUGUGAAAACGUACACAACCUAGCAUGUGCUACAGGCACUUUACUGCUGCAAACACAUUUCUAAUAAUGAAAAAUCUGUUUGUUUACUGACAGAUUUAUAUCACACUAAAGGGACGAGUGCAUGUUGCAAUGGAAACCAGAAAACUCAAAGCAAAUGAGUACUUAAUUUAAAAAAAUAAAAAUAAAAAAUUUAACUGUUAAAGAUAUCAAAUGGGCCAACAUCAGAAGUCUUGUGGCAGUGAAACACAUGAGCCACCUUAAGAAAACAUCCCUUAAAUAAUCAAAAAUAGUCUUACAAAAGGUUAAAUGAAAAUGGUCACGACAGCAACCAUGUAAACCUUAUUUUGUUUAAUAAUGAAAUGGCGGUUGCUGGAGGAUCUCGUCUCAGUCCAGAGCCCCUCCUCUGGUCUCUUAGCAGACAUAUCAGUAGAGAUUUAUAUUUAUAUAUGUGCAACAAAACGAGCAACAGGAAAAGAGGCUGCCUUUGUAAAUGCCUGACUUUUUUUUUUUUUUGUACAUUAAACCAACUCCUUUUGUUUUUAAUGCAUUAUAAUUCCCAAGUUUGGGGUUUUAUGUUUACGGUCUCACGUGGUACUGCAGUACAGUAUAUUAAUUUAUUAUGUAUAUGUUUGUUUUGUAACCAUAUUAUUUGACUGUAAUGGUACAAGUGUUUUGUGCCCACAUUGCAUUGCAACUCAUUUUAAAUAAAUUAAUAUGUGAAGAUUUU